UGUGGUUUUUUUUUUUUAAUAUUUUUCUCGAACAGUUGUUAACCAUGUUAGUGAGCAAAUUGAGAUCAGUUUCACUUCUUGUUUUCUUGCGUAUGUUUCUUUCUGGGGUUUACGCACGGGUCGGACACCACUUCGUCUGCUAUCCUUGACCUUCGGUACCUUAUAGAUGCUCUGAACGUGGACUCGUCUCUCUCUACAUUACCCUACUUUAGAUUCCCUGUAUCAUUAUGAGCAAAAGGCCACAAGGACUUCGAGCUGCUGCUUCAUUGAAGAAGAAAUGUACUGUACAAAAUGCCGUUAAGGGAAACUCGCAAGAAGAGAAAGCUGAUGAUGAAACGGUUCUUGUGUACUCAGACGACGAUGAAGUCUCGCAACUGUGUGGAUUGUAUGAUAUGUCUAGAGAGAAGCUUGAAUCGGGAGACAUCGAGGCAAGCGUGAGUCUUGUUUUUGGUACAAUUCACGAAGCUGAUCGGAUUCUUCGAAACACCGAAAAACCUGAAGCUUUGCCCAAAAAAUUCCAUGCGGCAUACUCCCAAGCUCUUUUGGCAGUUGCUGAGUUGUACGAUUAUGCAAAGGAACGCCUCAAAGAUGAAAGCAGCGAAGAGGCGUACAUUGACGCUGCAUUAGAGAGAGCUAAGCUUGGUGAAGACGCUCCAGGCGAGGACAAUGUUCGUUUACAAUUAGCUUUGGGUGCUGGUUUAUUAGCCAAAGCCCGUUCUGUAUUGGCUACUGAUUCUUCCGGGGAAACCGAAACGGCUUCUCCGGCUUCUGCUACUGCAACCAAAAUGGUUCAGCAAGCUUACAACUGUUUCCAAGCUCUUGACAAGUUAGAGAAGCUUCCGGAGUUCAUUACUGUGUUUACGUUGCAGCGACCUGUGCUUGCCAUGUCGACGUACGCAGCUCGUGAACCCGUCAGUGAACAGUUCGUUCUUGAUGUGUACGCUCUCACUACCUCUCUUCUAACAAAGGUAGCUGAGGCUGCUUUGACGCCUGCCCACAAGUUGGAUGCUCAGCAGGCCUUAUGUACUGCUACGACCAAUGUCGCCGAAUACUACAUCGACCUGGCCGACACUGACGACGCAGAGAGUGUCGUUACAAGUGCACGGAGAAAGGCUGAGACUGAGCUCAGCAAAGCAAUCGAUCAAGUGGAUGCUCUCUAUGUGCUUAACAAGACUACGGACUUGCUCUUCCGUAAGGCUGACCUAAAGAUGGAUUUGGCCAACGUCCUCGAUGGGGAAGACGCACAGGACAAAUGCCUCCAGGAGGCUGCUGACUGUAUUCGCGAGGCACAUUCUAUGGGCGCUGAUUUGCCUGAGGACUAUGCUGAGUUUUUGAAAGCUUAUACCGAAUAAGCCUGGCAGCAGUACUCAGUGCUGGAAUUUGCGCUGGGCUUCGUUAGAAUAGUGUAAAGUAAGAUUUGCGCACUGCAAAGCACUGCAGUGAGUUUGUAACUCAAUAUAUAUUGUGAUUUCUAGCGAGGUUCGCUAAAUGAAACGUACGGAAAAAUAAUUCUCUCACUAAGCGCAGCAGGCCUAUGAAUGUCUCACUACAACGCUUUGAAGCGUGUUACUAGAACUU